UAAAAUUAGCGAGCCUAGUAGCUGAACGCACGACUACAUAACUAUGUCUGCAGAAUGCGCGCGCUUCUACUUUGUUUCCUGAGCUUAGCGUUUCUUUCGCUUAUUACCGGGCAACAAGGAGAGCCAUUACUUCGCUUUUUCAAAGAGGCUAAGAAGUCCUGCGCAGCAGGAUGCGAGGAGAACGGCAACUGCAAUGCGGAGACGGGCGAGUGCCAGUGCCGCUUUGGCUAUGGCGGUGCUGACUGCAGCCAGCCUAUACUGUCUGGGUGCCUCAGCGCGCGGAAAAAGGGCGCUGUGCCGCAAUACGGUCUGCAGUUUCCCAAGAACUGCGAAUGCUACCGGCAGUUGCUAAACAUAUCCUGCUAUGGAUCGGAUUUUGCCAAGGACCCGUUCUGGUGCAACCAGCCCGCCAUCUGGGAGUGGCACACCAUCAAGUGUUAUGAGUAUAUGGACGUGCCGCCAGAACAACAGCUGUCGGACCCUCCAGAGGCUGGCAGCACCAAGGUGGUGUGGCGCCAAGGCGUCCGCAAUGAUAGCGCACAUCGGGAUGGGGGCUUCCUCUUUCAGCCAUACACCAAGACCGACGGGUUGCGGACGCAAAACCUCGAGACGCUACUUCCAAUGGACAAGUGCAAAGACCGCUGCAACGAGCGCGGCCGCUGCGUGGACGCGGGCGGUGGCUUGCCCCAGUGCGUGUGUGCACCCUUCUUCACCGGCCCGUCCUGCCAGCUCGACGACCCCUCCCACUGCCCGCUCAACUGCAGCGGCCGUGGGCGGUGCGACGGCGGCUUCUGCCACUGCCAGGCCGGAUGGUGGGGCGCUGCCUGCACGCGCAGCAAGGCGUACACGGCAGAAGAGUGGACCCCGCAUCCCAGUGAGCUCAAGAUCUACGUCUACGACCUGCCGCAGCACGUGGCGUACAUGCGGCCGCUGGGCGACCACUGGCCCCUGCACCACUCCAUCUACCUCGCUGAGAUAGAGCUGUACCACCGGCUUCUCGGGGACACCACCGUGGUGACUGAGAACCCUUGGGAAGCCAACUUGUUCUACGUCCCGACACACACAUACUAUUAUAUUGGCAACAUCGGCUUCCCUGGCAAGCUCUACACGGCGGUGUUCCACCACGUGCGGCAGCAGUACCCCUGGUGGAACCUGACCGCGGGCCGCAACCACGUCGUGUCCAACUCCAACGACCGCGGCUGCUGCGACCUGUACCGCAUGGGGCCGGACGUGCAACACCCCAUCAAGGUCGUGCACUUUGCGCAGGCGCCCCGGCACGGUGUGCCGCUGUCACGCAAUCGGGACAAGGGGCGGGAGGCAGAAGGCGAGAAGCCGGAGCACUUGGCGGCUCGGCUCAAUUCGCAUGUCGAGGACCCGGCGAUGCAAGGCGCUAUCGCUGAGAUGCAACACCUGGAUGGCCGCCCGCGCUUCCGAGGCUUUCCCCUGUACGAGCUGCCAGCGCUGCAGCAGGAGCGUGAGCAGUGUUACAGGCCCGAGCACGACGUCGCGUUCCCGCCCUACCUGUCUGACCGGGAGGGCAACUGGUUCAGUGUUAUGAAGGAGGCUUACGACUACACACCCGACGGCAAGGCCACGUUCAAACGCGGAGUCGCCCGCGACACACUCUUUUACUUCAACGGCUUUACCAAGCCCGACCUAGCCUACAGCGCGGGCGUGCGCCAGGGCCUGUUGGCGCUGUUCGGCAACAGCACCCGCGCCGACCUGUCCAUCAACAAGGGCGGCGGCAGCCAGCGCAUGCUGCGCAGCCGCUUCUGCUUCACGCCCAUGGGCUUUGGCUGGGGCAUCCGCCUUAGCCAGGCCAUGCUCACGGGCUGCGUGCCGAUCAUGGUGCACGACCACGUGUGGCCGACGCUGUGGGACGUGCUGCCGUACGAGCAGUUCUCCAUCCGCGUCAGCCGCCACAAUAUGUACCGCCUGCUGGACUACCUCGAGUCUAUUACUCCGCAGCAGCUGGCCCGGCUGCAGGACGGAGUGGCGCAAUGGCACAAGGCGUUCGUAUGGCAGCCGGAGGUGGGCGGCCUCGCAUAUAACUACACGCUGACGUCGCUGCACCACCGGCUGCUCAACAUGUGGACCGCGUUUUUCCGGCGCUUUUGAUCACCGCUGGCAGCCCGUUGGCAUCUGGUGCAUGCGCCUAAGAAGCCCUGGAGAAGCAGUCUCAGCCCGAGACUUGGUUGUGUGGAAGGAUGUGUGCACAAUGGGUGUGUGAUGGGACAGUGGUAAGGCAAGUUGGCAAAGUCCCGUAGGGUGCAGCUGCUUCCCAGACCCAACAAAUGGCAAGCAAUUGGCAGCGGCAGGGCAAGAGUGCGCGGCUGGUCGAACGCCGGAGUGUGCACAAUGGGUGGAACGUGUGUGUGUGGGGGGGGGAGGGUGGGACUGGGAAACGUUUUAAUGCCUGGGUAGCCGUUGUGCUGCAGCAAACGUCCACCUCAUCACUGCUUAUCACCGCCAUGGCCAUGCGCUGAGCAGGCCGUCUCUGGACUGACCCGGAUUGAUGGCAGUGCCUGGAUAGCGAUAGCGAGUGAUUCAGAGUGUGUGCUGCAGCGUGUGUGUGCAGAAUAUGGAGGAAGGUUGAGCCUGUCCUCCCUAGCCGUCCGGCCUAGGUCUGUGAUGUGAGGAACUAGAUAGGUUGAUCCUGUCUUAGCGCUGGCCCUCUUACACUGUCCGGAGUGGUCGACUGUCCUAGGCGCAAACUCAACCCGUUGCUUCGGCGUGUAGGGACGCCGCGUUGGCGAGAACCACGGAUGGCCAUGAUACCGUGGGGGCAUGUCGCACCCAUGGAGGGCACUGUAUCCACCCGCGCAUUCCGGACCCUUGCAACGAGCAUGGGCCCCGAACGCUGCUCCGUAUCCUGCAUCCCAGUUUCGGACAGU